UCGGCCGAACCCAAAAUAGUGAAUGUGGUGCAUCCCUAAUAUUUUUAAUAUAAUUCUGUUCUGCUGUGGCUUUGCCUUCUGUCUGCCUCACCCCCUCACCCUCCUCUGUCUGCAUUGAAGGGGUAAUGAGUGAUCUAUACAGUGAAUAGGGAGGGCAGAUGGCUGGGACGAUCCACACAGGGGGGUGGCUGAGCUAUUGUGGCUCACUCAGUGCAGAGUCAGUGACAGUUUGGGUGUUAUAAGUGAAUAAAGCCCCAGACCUCAUUGAAGAUGGAGAGAACACUAUGGGGCAUUCUCAGUAUCACAAGCUAGAGGCACAAGACCCUGCUUUUAUACAGUAUUCCUAUUCAGUGAUCGGAUAAAAAGAAGUCUGAUGCAUUUUGAGCUCUCAAUGGCUGCCAGACGAGCCGUCACACCAUGAGAACAAGCCCACGCAGACCCCUAAUACUUAAGAGACGCAAGCUCAGUCUUCCUCAUCAAGAUGCCACGCACUGCCCGGGGGCCUCCGAGCAGGGCAAAGCCGCCAUGAUGAAAACUGCAAAUCUACCUGAGCAAACCCUUGCCCAUGAGUUGGAGGAUAUGGCGCCCAAGAGUAAAGCAGAUCAGGAGACUCCUGGGCAGAACAUUGUGAAUGAAGGUGGGGAUACUCUGGGGCAAAGCUUGGCCCCUACAAUGCGGCUUCCAUCAAAUCCUCCCCAAAGCUGUCCAGAGGACAUUCCGGGAUUCCCUUCAGGUGUACGGAUCAUGGGUCACCCCACAAUGGCAGACGCCCAGCUGGUGAUCAUCCCUUCACAAUCCAACGUUCAGAGCAUCAUUCAAGCAUUAACUGCCCGAGGAAAAGAACAAGGCGGCCCCAACAAAUAUAUCAUCAUCAGCAGCGAAUCUGCUAUUCAGACCCAGGCCUGGCACCAGGGGCCCCAAAUUAAAGAGGAGGAAUGUGUGAACUCGCAGUCAGAAGCCACGUGUAUCUCCAAGCAAAAACCCACAGGGAACAGCAGAAAAGCCAAGCAUCGACAGGAGGAGCAGCUGAAUGCCAGCCUGUCUAACAUACAAUGGCUGGGGAACAUGAGCUCCGAGUCCUUGGGGCAAUACAGUAUAAAGGAGGAACAAGAAGACAAAGAGAAUCAGAUCCCAGAGUGUGCAAAGAUGGAAGAAGAACCCCAAAGUUUUCCCGAUCCACAAUGGCCCCUCUCUGUCACUGAGCGUCCCCCAUACUCCUACAUGGCUCUGAUACAGUUUGCCAUCAACAGUACCCCCAGGAAGCGCAUGACUCUAAAGGAUAUCUACACCUGGAUAGAGGAUCAUUUCCCGUACUUUAAGCAUGUGGCCAAGCCUGGUUGGAAGAACUCAAUCCGACACAACCUCUCCUUGCAUGAUAUGUUUGUCCGGGAAAGUGAGGCCAACAACAAGGUUUCCUAUUGGACCAUUCACCCGCAGGCCAAUCGCUGCUUGACCCUGGACCAGGUAUUCAAGACUGCAAGUCCCAUGUCGCCUGCAGACAAUGAACCGCAGCAAAAGAAAAUGAUCCCUGAUAUAAGAAAGAGCUUUCAGAGUGCAGCCUGUGCCAGCAAUAAAGAAAGGAAGAUGAAGCCUCUACUUCCCAGGGUCAAUUCCUAUUUGAUUCCAGUCCACUUCCCUGUGGCUCAGCCUGUUCUACUUCCAGCAUUAGAGCCAUAUGCUUUUGGGGCAGAAAGUUCAGAUGGGCAGCAAAGCAGCAAGCGUGUGAAGAUUGCUCCAAAGGCUACAGCAGAUGAUGGGGAGAGCCCUAAACACCUUGGGUUGUGUUCUGUUAAAGAGGAGCCUGACAUCUCCAACCUGAAAUGCGAAGAUCUGUUCCAGUGUAAGAGGGUCAGCAGUUCCAGAAGGAAGCAGCAGCUUCUCCCUCCGCAUUCGGAGGAGCCGGAGCUUGUUCUCCCUGAGAGCAUUGCGUCCGAUUCUGGAUUGGAUACAGAUUUUUCCUUUAUUCAAGAUGCUUCAGCCAACCCUAAUCAGAAUCUCACUUCCCAUCCGACACAGAAUUGCCCCUCCAAUGUUACCCAGGAAGGACUUUUACAUCUUACACAUGACGGCCCAUCCUACCUAACCCAGGUCAGCUCCUCCCAUUUCACCCAGGAUGACCCAUGCCAGUUUACAAAGGAUGACACUUUCUAUUUUACCCAGGACAACCCUAUUCAGCUUACUCAAGACGAGGACUAUACCUUCAAGACCCCCAUCAAGGAGCAUUUCUCAAAACCGCCCACCUCUUCCACUCCCAGCAAACCGACUGAUACAGGUCUUCUUCAACCUUGGGAAUCCGAAACAUCUCUUCCCAGAGACCCUGUGCUGGACUUCAGCCCUGUCCGUAUCCCUCAAGGCUCAACUUUUACUCCCUUUAAAGAUAACCUUGGAACUUUGAGUUUUGGGGACACUCCGUUUAAAGAUUUUGGCAUAUUUGGAUCCCCCCAGAACCUUCUGAAUGCACUUUCUCCUGCUUCUUCUCCACUACUGAGGCUUGAGAGCCCUUGUGUGUCACGCCAGCAGAAGCGAUGUUCUAAGGAGCUGCAGGUGGGGGCUUCUGCUAACCGCUCACUACUGGAAGGUCUAGUGCUGGACACGGUUGACGACAGUCUAAGCAAAAUUCUGCUGGACAUUAGCUUCAGUGGCAUGGAGGAGGGCAAUGGACUUGAGGUGGACGGUGUGUGGAGCCAGUUUCUUCCUGAAUUCAAAUGAAAUCAAGUGUUCUGUAGAUUCUUAACUUCCCCUUUAAUAUCCCAGGCUCAAAGCUCCACUGUAAGACUCCUACACAGCAGAAUUGCCUCCUCACCCCAUUCAAAACCGAAAACGCGAAAUACACACGCUGCAGGCUGCUCUGGUUUCUCCACAACCAAGCCGCAUGUAUCUGAAUUGUAAAUUGUGUAUAACGUAGAUUUCACGUCUGUCCAGUUAUAAAGGAGUGAGCUGGCAACACUAAGGGGCAGAUUUAUUAAGGGUCAAAUUGAAAAAUUUGAAUACUCAAAUUACUUUUUAGCGGCAAAACUGUCAAAAUCGACUUGGGAAACGUGAAUCGAUUUAUUUUUUUAAACAAUUUUAAUUUGAUUUUCGAGAUUUAUCAUACUCUGGCCCUUAAAGAAUUCGAAUUCGACUAUUCGCCACCUAAAACCUGCCAAAUUACUGUUUGUCAAUGGGAGGGGUGCAGGGAUCAAUUUGGAGAUGUUUGCACCAUCCUGACAUUUGAAGUUUUUUUUUUUGUUUUUAUUGAAUUCGAUUUGAGUUUUCGGGUCGUUUAAAUUUGUCCGAGUAUUAAAAAUUAGAUUCUAUUAAUUUUCCACUAGUGGAAUUUCAAAUUUAUGGGAGUUUAAAGGAAAUUCAACCCGGCAGAUUCUGUUCAGGGGCGCCAUCUUCUUUCUUCGGUCUUUUUCGGAAGUUUCAGCGCAUGUGCAGUUGGAGUAAAUUUCCGGUCCCAAACCACUGCGCAUGCGCCGAAAGUCACGGAAAUUUCCGACUUUUUUGUGGACAUUUCCGUGACUUUUGGCGCAUGCGCAGUGAUUGGGGACAGGAAAUUCAUGGAGAUUACCGAGAAGAAGAAGAUGGCUGCUGUGAACUCAGAGGCCUGAAUCUGCCGCGAGGGGUGAGUAAAAAAUUAGGGGCAUUUGCCCAGGAGGGAGGGGGAUCUACCCAAGGUAGGGGGAGGGUUUUUUUAAACUACGGGUUGAAUUCUCCUUUAAGGGAGUUUAAAAAAAAAAAAAAAAACUUGCUUGAAAUCGAAAUUCGACCCUUGAUAAAUGUGCCUCUGUAUCAUGGAUAGGCACUACAUGCUGGGAUUUGGAAUUCAAUUACUGCUGGAG